CGCUCCCCUGCCCCCACCCCCACGCCCACCCCACUACCCAACCCAUCCUCAAAAUAAUCUCCUUAUUAUUACCUCCUUCAUUCUCUCAUCUUCUAAACAUUUUUUCUUGUCAUCUUGUUUUCCCUUUUAUCUCUGAAGAACAUUCAAGAAUCGUCCAUAUUGCUCUCUGUUUUCUUCUUGUUCAAUGGCUUUGAUGUUAGAUAACUGUGAAGGCAUAUUGCUAUCAUUGGACUCACACAAAGCAGUUCCAGCUCCAUUCUUAACAAAAACAUACCAACUAGUUGAUGAUCCAUCGACUGACCAUAUUGUUUCUUGGGGUGAAGAUGACUCUACCUUUGUUGUUUGGCGUCCACCUGAAUUUGCUCGUGACCUUCUCCCUAAUUACUUCAAACACAACAAUUUCUCUAGCUUCGUCCGCCAACUCAAUACCUAUGGUUUUAGGAAAAUUGUACCAGACAGAUGGGAGUUUGCUAACGAGUUCUUCAAGAGAGGAGAAAAACACUUGUUAUGUGAGAUCCACAGGAGGAAAACGGCUCAGCCACAAUCUAUGCCAAUGAAUCACCAUUCAUUUAACCAUCAAAUGAGUAUGAGUACCGGUCCAGGUUUUUUUCCUAAUUAUCCAACCAAUUAUAACCGGCUCAGCAUUUCACCACCUGACUCGGAUGAUCAAUUACUACAACAACAACAACAACAAAAUAUCAAUUGGUGCGAUUCGCCUAGUACGACGAUAGCUUCUUCAAACAAUAAUGCUAACAACACCGUUACGGCGUUAUCGGAGGAUAAUGAUCGGCUACGGAGAAGCAACAAUAUGUUAAUGUCUGAACUUGCACACAUGAGGAAACUUUACAAUGACAUUAUUUACUUUGUUCAAAAUCAUGUCAAGCCAGUUGCACCUAGUAGUUCGUACAAUCCUUGCUCCCUUUUACCUGCUUCUGCUACUCCUAUUGUCCAAAAAAAUAUGAACAAUCAUCAUCAGUUCAGCUAUCAACAAAUUACAAAUCCUAAAAAUAUUAUGAUGGGAAGUACUUUCAACAACAACAACAACAACGUGUCACCAAGCAAGACAUCACAGAGUAGCAGUGUGACGAUUCUUGAUGAAGCGGCUACCGGUGGUGGUGAUAAUAUGGGUAUGAGAAGUAGUACAAAAUUAUUUGGUGUCCCACUUAUGUCCAAGAAAAGAGUGCACCCUGAAUAUUCUUCUUCUUAUUCUAAUAUGGCGGAGACUAAUAAGGCUCGAUUGGUCUUGGACAAAAAUGAUCUAGGAUUAAAUCUCAUGCCCCCUUCUUCAUCUUAGACUUCAUUAUUAUUCACCAACACCCUAUUUUUCAAGAAAGAUCAAGUUUCUUUUUUCUUCUUUUUUUUUUCGCUCUUCUUUCACUCCCUCUAGCUUUUACCUAUUUUUAGCUUUUACAUUAUUCUCAAAAUGUUAGUGGAUCAUGAGACGUUGUGCGUGUGAGUUUUUGUCUAUGUAAAUAUAACUUUAGUGCCGGUACUAUCAUGUUCCAUCAACCAUGAAUGCAGGUGGUUUUGGUUAGAAUUGAAAAUCAGUUCUUUUUUAUUUA